AGAAGUCUUCGGCGCCACCUGGAGUGUCACAAAAGUCGCAAUUGGGGAUCCGAUGGUCUACGUUUUGCCGCCAAAUUAUUGCGCUAAAUUGUUGAUAUUUGUUGACUUGAGAAAGAGAAACGAGAAAUUUAAUCUUGUAGACUUGUCAGCUUAUAUUCAUUGAUUACGAUUUACUGGGAGAUAACACGUGUUUGCAAGAUGACAUCGGUUGAAAUAAGAGAUUGGACACCUGAAUACUAUGUUUCAAAUCAGUUGAACUGUCAGAAGAUUUUAGAAAGUCGGAAUAUACUGACAAAAAUACCUUUAUUAAAUAAUACUCAAUUGCAUGACAUCAAAGACAAAGAGUUGGUGAGAUUCCGAGGGAUGAUUCAGGAUAUGUAUGAUCCUGAGUAUUAUUUGAAGCAAUACGAAGUGAAGAACACAAGCACUGGGGAGAGUAACAUCAGAUGUGGAAUGUACAUGGAUGCAGCUCAAUGUCUGCCGCAUGAAAUGGUUUUGUUAUAUUCCAAGAAUAAUCAAACUUCGGGAAGACAAACUUACGUUGUGAUCUCUAUACCUGGAUUAAAUGACUGGGCAAAGGAAGAGAGCAUGGCCAUACAGACACCCCGUACAACGACACACAAUGACAGUACCAAUAAAAGAAGUCUAGAUGAGAACGACUUAGAGGAAAUGGACUACUCGGAACCUGUUACGAAAAAAGAGAAAGUCUCUGCAGAUAAUAAUGAUGUAAAUAUGACCGAUGCUGAAGGCAGUGCAAAAGUUCAAAGUGUGUUAUCAGAAGAUCAUAUAUUGAACUUUCCGAUACCAAUUGAUGGUGGAAAAACUUGUAUAGUAAAGAUUUACAAUGAUACCGUCUUAAAAUUGAACCAAGUUAUAGAUAUAAUAGGAUUUAUAUCGUUGGAUCCAUCAUUAAGUAUAAUUCAAAGUUCUGAUGAUGAGAUGAAUGAAGCUGAAAUACAAACUCAUAAUCCACCAGCUUCUCUAGUACCUCGAUUACAUGCAGUAAAAAUAAUUGAGCUUACAAAACCUAUAAUUAUAAAUGCUCCAGAAAUUUUAUCUAAAGCACAACUCAUCAGAGGUGAUUUGCACAUAAUAUUGAGUCAGUUGCUGUUUGGAGAUACUUUAGCUGCGGAUUACAUGAUAUGCCACUUGCUUUCUAUGAUGUAUCUGAGAAAAGAAUCGUUUAGUCUCUUUACAUUUCCGCUGAAUAUAACGAAUAUCCCAGUGAAUAAACAUAAAACUUUUCCGAAGGAGUUUUAUAACUUUUUAAAAUUAUUUGUAAAGAAAAGCUACUUUUUGGAAAUUACUUUGGAGAAUUUGAAUGAACUAGCUUUAAUUCCGAAGAAGGACUACGAAUGUAAUAGACUGACAAGUGGUAUUCUCCAACUAAGCGAUAAUACGCACCUUAUAUUAGAUGAGACAGGUUUAAACCCUGGUACACUUACUGCAACUGGCAGAGAGAAUUAUCAAGCUCUCUCCGAUUUACUUAUGUUUCAAAAACUAAAAUACGACUUUCAGUUUUAUACAAUAGAAUACGAAACGGACAUUCCGAUUCUAAUCUUUUCUGAUGCGAAAUCGUUUGUUCCUUGUCCUACGCAAGUUGUUUUAAAUGUUGAUGCAGAAACGGAAAAUUUAUAUAGCCAAGUAACUGAAGCUGCACAUCAGUAUUUGAAAGACGAUAAUCGAUUAGUUAAUAUUCGGCAAUACAUAGAAACCUUGAAGUACACAAGGCCCUUCAAUCUUACCGAAGGAAUGGCAAAAAUCAUUCAAAAAGAUUUUGUGAAGUUGCUCGGAGAACACAGGAAUCAUAUAACUAAGGACGAUCUAAACGCAAUGGUGAUUUUCGCCAAAGUUAUGGCCUUAUCUUGCGGACAAACGACGUUAGAUAUAGACUGCUGGAAGAACGUUGUGCAGUUGGAAAAUGAAAGAAUGAGUAGGCUGUCACAACGUAGAAGACUGUGUGGAUAUCGCUUUAAAUGCUUCUGAGAGAAUGACACGAUCACGGCCGAUCCCUAAAUAAAAUAAUCGCAGAACCGUAAAAGCGGACUACCGGUGACCCAGUAAAUGGAGCCUUCACUUUGUAGCGGUCACGGUGGGAUAACCAGCUGAAGUCACUCCUACACGGUUGUCACGAGUCUCGACUAUUAAGAUCUGAAUAAAUCGUAUCUGGGUCGUUGAACCAUCUUCCCGUGUCCAUCAUAAGAUCAGUGUCAAAAAAGUGAAGUGUCUCGAUAUCUAGCAGAUCGUUUGAAAUAUUACUGUUAUAGAAAAAGGAUGGUUUUGCUAAGUAUCUAAAAUUUAGCUAAAUACAGGUCUGAAAAUGAUUUUGCUGGACUAUCAAAAUCAUUAGAAUAAAAUUUACUUCUCUUCAAUACCAAGAAGGACUUGAUUCAACUAAGAUUUUACCUCAUUUGUCCAUCCA